AUGGACGCCCCAGACACCUACAUUAACCCAUCCGACAGCCGCGCCUACUGGUCCGACGUCUCCGCCGACGUAAACGGCAUGCUCGGUGGGUUCCCUCUGGUCAGUCGCGUAGAUCUGAUCGGGUCGCGGGCGUUUCUGGCGAAGAAUGGUGUUGGGGCGAAGGAGCCUUUGAGGAAGGUGAAGCGGGUUAUGGAGGGUGGAGCUGGCAUCGGCCGCAUAACCGAAGGCCUCCUCACCUCCAUCGCCGAAACCGUCGACGUAGUCGAACCAAUCCCCAAAUUCACCGCCCAACUCGCCUCCAAACCCGGCGUGGGCCUCGUUCAAAACGUCGGCCUCGAGGAAUGGAGGCCGCCGCAGCCCAAGGACGGGGAGGAGAAGGUCGUGUACGACGUCAUCUGGAACCAGUGGUGUUUGGGCCACUUGACGGACGACCAGCUGGUGGAGUAUCUCCUGAGGUGUAAGGAGGUUUUGGAGCCGGAGAUGGGGUUUAUUGUCGUGAAGGAGAAUAUGAGUACGAUGGGGGGUGAUGUUUUUGAUGAUGAGGAUAGCAGUGUAACGAGGUGA